AUGGAUAGCGACUGUGAUGAUAAUUUAGACCACCAAAAGUUAUCUGAUAACGAAGAACCGGAAAUUGAUAUAUCAUCAGAACUCAAAUCUCAUGUAACAAUGAUCUUUGAAGCAAACUCAGAUACAAUUUAUAAUGCACUCGAAUCUUUCACAGAAUACAUAGCUCUUAACAAUGAUACAUCAUUUAUCUAUCUCAAAGGCGAUUUUUACUCUUUUUUACACAAUAUUUUAAGAAAUUCACAAGAUAAUAUCAGAUUACAGCAAAUAAUAGUUGAUCUUAUAUAUUUGCUCGCAAAAUCCAGCAAGAUUGUUGCAGUGAACUUUAUUGAGUAUGAUUUUCAUAUUCUUCUUCAACAAUUAUUCGACAAUCAUGAAAUUAGAGAAGAUUUAACUCUUAAAACAUUAUACAAACUAAUGGAAAAUUCAAAAAUAGUAUCUGAUUGGUACAAUCAUUCAUAUUUAGAAGAUGCACUAAAUUUUGUCGAAAAUCUUGAUAUUUCAUUGCAAGAAAACUUUGCAGAACCAUUUUACAUUUAUAUAAAUUCCAAAUACUUCGAGAAAUUACCAAUUUACCUUGCAAAAAAAUUGCAAGAAAUUUGUACAAAGAUUUCAAACGUUUCUAAGAGCACAUUAGUUUUCAAUUAUAUCCUACAAAUCUUUUCUAACUUGAUUAACAAAGAUCCAGAGUCAGUUCGUGAUUCUCCACUUACUAUAUUGAAUUUUUACAAUUUGUUCGGGUCAAAUCGAUAUUUGAAUGAUUCUAUACUAUCUAUAUUUAUUUCAGCAUCAGAAGUUUGCAAUGAUUUCAAUAUUUAUUAUAUUAACAAUGAAAUUUCAUUAUUAAGGGACAUACAGACUGUUACAAGUGAAAAUGAGCAAACAUUGUUUUUAAUCUUUACUUUGUACUAUAAUAUAUUGAAUUGGGAAAGAUCUAGAAAAGGAAAUAGAGUAUUUGCAAAAUUUUUACUUGCAAAUGAAACAAGAGAUGGAAAUAUCUCAAUAGAUGCAAGUAAGAAUGUAUUUAUACAUAAAAUUAAUACAUUUUACCAAAAAGGAUAUCAAUUACUCAAAAUAUCAAUAUUUGAUUUGAUUUCUCAAAUGAUUGUAAUCUUGGAUCCAAUUAGUGCAUUGGAUUUUGCAGAUUCAACAGAAUUUCGUAAUAAAUUUUCUGAAUUUAUUAGAUCUGGAAUUAGAGAUUCUUGUUAUCGUGCAUUAUACGCAUUGAUUAAGUUAUUGUCAUAUGCUGAUCAAGAAAAUUCUCCUUACAAAGAAAUUCUUGAGAAUUUUCUCGCAAUGAAUGAUAUUCCAAACUUUUGCCAUGAAAUACUCUCUGAAAAUGAGGAAGGACCACACGUAGAACUUGCUAAAUGUAUUUUAUAUAGAGAUGAAUUAUAA